AUGGCCUUCCCCUUGGCCACAUCGGCCCGGAACAGCACUUCCACGCUUGUUUCCCCGCCACCUCGGCCGGCAGAGCGCGAUCACCGCUUCCGUCGCCCGCAUCAGUUGCGCAAGCCUGGCGAUCUGCGACUACUUUUGCUUCGAAAAUCCGCGCAGCUCCCACUAGACCGCACGAGUACGCUGCCUCUGCAACCUGGGCUCCUCACGUGCGCGCCUGUGCACGCACAGCUUGUCUUCUCCAUCUCUCACGAGCGCGGCCCACUCCUACACCUGCUGAGAGGAUCGUCAUGUUCGCUCUCGGACAUCUCUUCGGAGGUGCUGGAGCUCGUGUCGUCCCUUUCUGUGGAAUGCGGGGAACUGGACGGAUAUGGUCUACCGACGCAGAUGCUGCGGAAUGUUACUGAGUAG